AUGUUUGAACAAAAGGCAGGCGUUGUUGAGGCAUCGAGAUUGCUUGGAUCGCCAGUCUCGCCGAUCCUCUUCCUACUGUAUACGGAACCAAUCUACCGCUUGGGCAGCUCAAAAGGGCGUUUCGGCUAUGCGGACGACACUGCCAUCCUUUGCGUCGGCGAUAGCCUGGAUGAGACGUCCGCCGAAGCAUCUCAUCACGUGCGUGAGCUUGUAUCGUGGGGCGCCGCCAACGGGAUCUCCUUUGACCCUGAGAAGACAGAAGUGAUGCACUUCUCUCGAACGACGCCCAAGACGGCGCCGCCAGUGCUCCAUGGCGAAUUUGAGAAACGGCCGGGCCGGGCGAUGCGUUGGCUCGGCGUCUGGCUCGACAGCACUAUGGGCAAGGCUGUCGCUGUCAACACCACUGCCAGCGGCGCUAAUAUGACGAGUCAGGCGUUGGAAUACCUUCAUACACACGGCGACUCGUACGAGCCGGGCACAGAGAUGCCACGGGCGUAUCAGCGCGCCGCUGCUGCUGAUGACUCUGAUGACGAGCUUGCUGGCGAGACGCAGGGCACGAUCCACUGUUAUCAGGCCACGCAGCCAGCUACACAGUGGACUUCACAGCGGACUUCACAGCGGGUCACGAUGCCCUCAAAUCGUCGAGAAGAGGAGGAUAUAGAAGAUGAGGACGACCCUUUGGCCGAUUUCGAUGAGAUGGAACGGCGGGUGGAUGAAGAAGCUCGUGCGCGGCGAGUUUUGGAUACAGAUGACCCGCUGUAG